AAAAAAAAAAAAUUAACACAUCCAAAAAUUGUCACAAAUCGUACUAAAGGCCCAGUAAGUCUUUUUGUCAAUAAGUCCAUUAAGCCCAACAAACCUCUUCUUCUCUUUCGUUUUAUGACAUCAAUCCAUUUGAAGCAAACAAAUCAGACGUAACCGAACAAAAAAAAAAAGUUGGUUUGAUCGAUCGUUAAAACCUAAGAAAUGGAUCCAAAAUCGCCGGAAUUUAUCAUUGAUCAGCCGCUUAAAAUCUUAGGAUUUGUAUUCGAUGAGCUCUCCGCCACCAGAGUCUCCGGCCACCUCACCCUAACUGAAAAAUGUUGCCAGCCGUUCAAAGUCUUGCACGGCGGCGUAUCGGCUCUGAUCGCUGAGGCACUCGCCAGUCUCGGCGCCGGAAUCGCCUCUGGUUUUAAACGCGUCGCUGGAAUCCAUCUCUCUAUUCACCACCUCCGUCCUGCUGCUCUCGGCGAAAUUGUCUUCGCCGAAUCUUUUCCAGUCUCAGUCGGCAAAAAUAUUCAGACUGAAGACCUAAAGAGUAAAAUGAAUGUGAAAGUGACACGUUGUGUGGAGUAUUUUGUAUCUAACUAGGUGUGGGAGGUCCGGUUAUGGAAAGCUAAGAAAACCGAGACACCGGACAACAAAAUAAUGGUAUCAACAUCACGGGUUACUCUCUUCUGCGGUUUACCUAUACCGGACCAUGUUAAAGAUGCUCCAGACGAGCUGAAGAAAGUUAUAUCCAAAUUAUAAAUUCAAAUUGUAUCUAUCUCAUUUUGUUAGGAAUAAGAACAAUUUUAGUUUGGUUUUAUUGUACGAACCAAACGUUUUAAUAAAUUGUUGUACCAAACAUGAGAUAUUAUAAGGUUAUAAAAAUUGACAAGUUAUUGUGGGUUUA